UCACAUUUUUCUUUGUGCGCAAUAAAUGAGUGUAGCAGAUGGUUACGGGUCCAUCAGAGGCUGCGCUGAGAGACGCAAGCAUCUGAGGGCAGUUAUCAGUCAGUGAGUCAGUCAGUCAGUCAGUCAGGUAGAUGUUUAGAGGAGAUGUCUCACCAGUCGCUUGUGGACUGACCGGACAUUCAUCGCUGUUCACCGCUCGAGCGUCAGGGAAUGCGCGGGAGGAGAUGAAACUUUCCCUCAGAGAGACCGAGCGCCAGGAGAUCUUUCCAUCAGAAGACUAUCGAGAUUAUUGGCUUGUUAUCGGGCUCUGCCGUCAGAAGUUUUGUAAAUGAAGAUUUCUGCCGUUUUACAUCUGGUUGCUCUCGCAGCUUUACUUCACGCUUGUUCUCACGUGUGUGCCGUUCCUCCAGAAUGUGAUCUAGACGUCAUGCUAAUCAGAGAGGAGGAAAACUGCUACAACAUCAUCUUUCAAGAGAACCUGACAGAGACCGGUUCCACACGCACAGGCUGCAGUGCUUUAUGGGAUGAUCUGAACUGCUGGCCUCAUGCUGAAGUAGGAGAGACUGUGUCACAGCCGUGCCCCAGUUUCCUUCGGGUCAAAGGAGCGGUGAUGAAAAACUGCACUGAGAAUGGGUGGUCUGAAGUCUUUCCCCCGUACGAACUCGCCUGUGGCCAUGGGCUCAAUGACAGCUUUCAAAUUCCCAUUGACUUGGAGGUCUCACAUGAGUAUUUCUUUUAUGUGAAGAUUAUGUAUUCUACGGGAUAUGCCAUCUCUCUUGUCUCACUCAGCAUUGCCCUCACAGUGUUGUGUGUGUUCAGGAAGCUGCACUGCACUCGUAAUUUUAUUCACAUGCAGCUUUUUUUGUCCUUCAUCCUGAGAGCCAUUUUCAUCUUCAUCAGAGAUGCUGCGCUGCAUUACUCACAGGAGUACUACCACUGCAACUCUCAUCCGCCUGGCUGCAAAGUGGCACUGUUCCUGUCUAAUUACUGCAUCCUGGCAAAUUACAGCUGGCUGCUGGUGGAAGGACAUUAUCUGCACAGCCUCAUAAACCUCUCACUGCGUUCACAGAAGAAACGCCUGCACUGGUACAUCCUGCUUGGCUGGGGGAUCCCGAUGCUCAUUAUUAUUAGCUGGAGUUUGGCCAAAUACCUGCAUCAGGAUGAAGGAUGCUGGGAGACGAGAGAUCAUGGCUGGAUAUGGUGGAUACUGCGAGUUCCAGUCAUCAUUUUUAUUACAGUAAACAUGCUGUUUUUUCUGAGUAUUAUUCGGACAUUAGUGGCAAAACUGAAAGCUCCUGACAUGCAUGGAAGUGAAAUUAAUCAUCACAGGAAACUGGCGAAAUCUACAUUUCUCUUAGUGUCGCUGUUUGGGCUGCAGUAUGUGCUCUUCGCCUUUUUCCCUGAUAGAGUGAGCAUGCUAACCUUCAAAAUCUGGAAUGUCAUUGAGCUAGCAUUAGCAUCCACACAGGGUUUUAUUGUGGCACUGCUGUACUGUUUUUUGAACGGAGAGGUACAAUAUGAAGUCCAAAGACGAUGGAGACGGUGGCGCCUGAAGCAGCAUUUCCAUGGUGACCCCAGGGUGUAUCACGGCUCCCUGAGUAACAGUGGCCUGCCGCUGACACAGGUCUCACUUCUGACACGUCCCAGCACACAGAUCAUCUGACCACAAGCACCCAACACCGCCUGAGAUCACUCAAACCACAAUCCAACAGCUAAAAUCAUGCACAGUCCAUUAUAAACACACAAUCCCUCAGAUUAACUAAAACAAACCAGCCAUAACAAACAAUUCAUGAAAAAGAUUGUAUUUGUCUUGUAUCUGCCUGUUCUUGGUGGUGUUAUAGUAUUAUAAAGCAAAUGCAUGUGUCCAGUGAAAGUAACUUAUUAUAUAAAUAUGAGAAAACAUCAAUAUUAGGUAGUGAGAGCACAAUAUGUGAUAUUAUUUAAAGAGGUCAUGACUUGAAGAAAUACAUUUUCUUAGAUUUUUUGACAUAAGACCUUAUUUUACCAAAUGUUAAAUACUUUUCAGACUGCAAAAAGUCCUCCUCCCUCAAAAUAGUGUUUUUUUUUCCUGCAAUAUCCACAAUGCAAUGUCAUGCUUUAACAGACAUUUGCAUCUACGUCUAAACAUGAACACAGAAUUUACCUUUCCAUAGCCGUCCAGAAGUGGUGAGCAGCGAGGUGACAAGAGGCACAUCUCAUUUCCUAAUUUGUGUGUCCUCUUAUCCUCACUAUUUAAGUAAUGAGAAGCACCCGAGGAAUGAGAUGUAAUGACGUUGGCUAAUCAAAACAAUGGCUGUUUCUGAAAAGUCUUAUGGUGUGUAUACACUUGUAGUUUGGUUCUUUUGGUCCAGACCAUAAAAGAAGUGAAGUUACUAAACAUCUAAAACAUCUGCUGUUUACUAGGCUAAAUGUGCUCGUUUUACAUGUGUAGGUACUGUAUGGUGUUGUUUUUACCUGGUUAUAACUCACAAAGAGCUUAUGGGAUGUGUAACGAAGUCAAAGCAGUGGCAGUGUUUCCUCCACUGAACACAUGAAGAUCUGCUAUAAGGGCCUGACCAGUUUUGAUGCUUGGACUGAAGUGUAAAGGGCAAGAUUGCUCCUACGAUGAAAAGAACCAGUUACUGUACCUUUGUCACAUCUCGUGACAUCACAUCCUGUUUUAGUUUGUUUAGAUGUCUUUCGGUCGAACCGCAACCGUGCCUGUCCAAGGGGCUUGUCCAAAUACCCACACUUGUGGUCUUUUCACUUGACCACUUGUCUACUUACAGUACAUGACGUAUUUCCUGUAUUUGAUCCAAGCGUUUAAAUGGGUGUGAAGUUCACAAGCGUGUGUAGAACUUUUCGACUGGGUCUGAAA